CAAAGAACAUGGCGUUUUGGGGGACAUAAUACAUCCAAAUUGUCACACACCCCAAUAGCACCUUGUUCUCAGCAGGAAGACUGGGGCCUUGGGGUGUGCCCUGAAACGCCAUGUGGCGGCUCCGUUGGCAGACCCUUGCUUCCAAUGCUGUGGGCCAGUAGCAAAGGCUCCCGGGGGCCAGGAGAGGGAGCACGGUGAGGCCGCCCCGGUCUGCCUCGCCCCCGUCGGGCGUGUUGACGGUGUCUGGUGGCUGCUUUCUUUUGAUCUCUUGGUGUCUUGGUGGCAGCAGAGAUGGGGGCCGCGUGCAGACGGGGUGUCUCUUCGCUGCCUGAGCCUGAAGUGCAGCCUUCCAGCAGGGCCACAUGCAACUGAGGCUAACCUCUUGGGAGAGGCUGCCAGGCGCCGAGAGCGCCCACACUCGCCCCGAGCAGCCCGUGAGGUGGCGAUUCUGCCUGGCACGGGAGGUGCAGGUGGCAGCCCCGUGUGGCCGUGGAGAGGCAUCCCUGAGAAGACGCACCCCAUGCCGGAGCUCCGAGGAGCUCCAGGGAAAGCAAAAGCAUGCUUUGGCCCUGGCAGUUGUGAAUGUUGUGGAGUUGGUUCAUUUUGUUAGAUAAUUAUAAAGCGUUGUGUGUAAUCUGUCUUGUAAAUUAGGAACAGAGAACAAAACUGUUUUGCACGUGCAAUAAACAAUAACGUGUUAGCUUCUGCCAUAGCAAGUUGGUGAAGGAGCGAGGAAAGUGAGACCCUCUCAGCAGGAGACAGUGUGCUCCCCAAGAAAGAGGCCGCAUUGGGGCCCCCCAGGGCUGGGCAGGGGCAGGGAGGCCUGCGGGGCGUGGCGCCCUCGGACAGGGCCGUGGCCUGGCGUUGCACUGAUGGGCCAGCGCACAGCUGCUCCCUGUGGGUUGCUCACCCUGAAGCGCUGCCUGGGUCAUCACUGCAAGAUGUUUGUCGGCGCCAUGUCCUUCCUCGCGCAGACAGCUGCCUGGCGCCUGGCACGUGCCAUGGCCUCCCGCGGCGGGGCGAGCCUCCUGCACACAGCCGCGGCCGCCCACGCCAGCAGAAGCGCCCCGGUGUUCACCCGAGCCCUGGCCUUUGGGGACAGACUUGCCCUCGUUGACCAGCAUGGCCACCACACGUACCGAGACCUUUACCGCCGCAGCCGCAGCCUGUCCCAGGAGCUUCUGCGGCUGCGGGGCUGUGCUGGUGGGGACCUGCAGGGAGAGAGGGUCUCCUUCCUGUGCUCCAAUGAUGCCUCCUACGUCGUGGCCCAGUGGGCCUCGUGGAUGAGUGGCGGCAUUGCAGUCCCUCUCUACAGGAAGCACCCGGCUGCAGAGCUCGAGUAUUUCAUCCACGACUCCCAGAGCUCCCUGGUUGUGGCAGGCGAGGAGCACGUGGAGCUCCUGAACCCGAUCAUCCAAAAGCUGGGGGUCCCGUUGUUGCCUCUUCCCCUUACGCUCCCCAGCAAGGACACAGAGGAGCCCGCAAGAUGGGAGGUGCAGGAACAGGUGUGGGGGGACCGCGGUGCCAUGAUCAUCUACACGAGCGGGACCACGGGCAGGCCCAAGGGCGUGCUGAGCACCCACCGCAAUCUCGAGGCUGUGGUGACGGGGCUGGUCUGCAAGUGGGCGUGGACGAAGGACGACACCAUCCUGCACGUCCUCCCGCUGCACCACGUGCACGGUGUGGUCAACAAGCUGCUCUGCCCGCUCUGGGUGGGGGCCGCCUGCGUGAUGCUGCCCGAGUUCAGCGCCCAGCGGGUUUGGGAAAAGUUCUUAAGUUCUGAAAUGCCACGGAUCAAUGUCUUUAUGGCAGUGCCAACGAUAUACAGCAAGUUGAUGGACUAUUAUGAUGAGCAUUUUACCCAGCCUCAUGUCCAGGAUUUUGUGCGCGCAGUUUGUAAAGAAAGAAUUAGGUUGAUGGUGUCCGGCUCUGCCCCUCUGCCCCUCCCCGUGCUGGAGAAGUGGAAGGACAUCACGGGCCACACGCUGCUGGAGCGGUACGGCAUGACGGAGAUCGGCAUGGCCCUGUCCAACCCCCUGACUGCCACACGCCUGCCAGGCUCCGUGGGGACCCCCCUGCCGGGAGUUGAGGUGCGCAUCGUCUCAGAGAGCCCUCAGAAGGAGCCUGGCGCCUACACCAUCCACGCCGAGGGGGACGAGAGUAGGACCAGGGUGACCCCAGGGUUCGAGGAGAAGGAAGGGGAGCUCCUGGUCCGUGGACCCUCUGUGUUUCGAGAAUACUGGAAUAAACCAGAAGAAACGAAGAACGCAUUCACCUCGGACGGCUGGUUCAAAACAGGCGACACAGCCGUGUUUAAGGACGGCAGCUACUGGAUCCGGGGGCGCACGUCAGUGGACAUCAUCAAGAGCGGGGGCUACAAGCUCAGCGCCCUGGAGAUCGAGCGGCACCUGCUGGCCCACCCCAGCAUCGCAGAUGUGGCCGUGCUCGGCAUCCCGGAUGUGACGUGGGGCCAGCGGGUCGCUGCAGUGGUGGCCCUCCGGGACGGGCACUUGCUGUCCCACGGGGAGCUCAAGGAGUGGGCGAGAGGCCUCCUGGCCCCCUACGCCGUCCCCUCGGAGCUGCUGCUGGUGGACGAGGUCCCGAGGAACCAGAUGGGGAAGAUCAACAAGCGGGAGCUGGCCCGGCUGCUCUUCCCGCGGGACCAGCGGGUGCCGUGACCCGGGCCCCCGGCCCCCAGGUGCCCACAGGAGGCCGCCCCAUGAACCCCCUCCGCGGGCCACUGCGCAGGCGCUCCGUCUCCUCCCUGUAGUCGCCUCCCACUGAUGUUUCUUGCCACUGAAGGAGCAGGGGCAGCUCCCGCCCCAUUAUCUUUGGGCUGGUCUCCCACACUGGGGCGGGCUGGGAACCCCUGCAGUCCAGAGAGGUCCCUGGGGUGCUGGGUCCCAGUCACGGCUGUGCCCCCCACCCAGGCAGGCGCUCCUGGGUCUCCGGGGCCCACUGACUCAAGGAGGAUGCGGCAUUUGGGUUUAGGCGACUUGGGAAAUGGGGGAGCAGAGUGCCUGGAGCCUCUGCCAUGUGGCCCGUGGGCCAGCCUCACCCCACCCCCGUGCACAGAUGACUGGGGCUUCCCAACGGCUGAUUUGGAGCAGGAAUGUUCCCAGAAAAGCCAGGUGCUGUUAUCCACUCCUGUGGGCAGGACCCUGUGAUCAGGCUGUUUCCAUGGAGUUGUGACUCCACCGACUCAAGGUGAGUCUUGGUCCUUUAUUGGAGCCCUUUGAGUGGAUAAAGGACACACACAAAAAGCCCAGAGAGCGAAGAGAAGCCCCAGAGAGAGCUUAGACAGGUGUCCCCAGAGAAGCGGAAAGAGCCACUGAAGCCAAAAACAAAACAGCAAAACCUGGGAGAAAGGAAUGAGCGGUCUGACGGGGACCAAGAUGCCUUUGGCCUUUCUUCAGAGAAAGUGUCGUCCUCUUGGUGCCUUGAUUGGGACGUUCCUCGUGGCCUUAGAGCCGUAUAACUGAAAACCAGUAAACCCCCUUUUUAAAGCCAAA